AUGUCAGGCGACGAUCGCUUCAGAUAUCCGCUUACGUCAGCGGUUCAAGCCCUGGAGAUCAAUAUCUUUCAACGGGUUUCUCAUGAUGCUCUGCCAGUCAUGUCUAGGAGAACGCACACAAAGCUCAAAGGAGCACCGGACUACGACGAUCCCGAAUUCUGGAAUACACGCUUUGCCACUGGUGAAGAUGUCGGCGAAUGGUUAAAUUCUGGCGAGGCCCUUCUGGAGGCCGUUUUAGCCGACCUAGGAAAUCGCUCUAGUGUUAUCUUAGGUAAAGUUCCUCGCGUCUUACAUCUUGGUCCUGGUGUUUCAAAACUAGGAUGUACUCUACGUGAUAAGUGCGUAGAACGGGAAUGGCAGGGGAACGGAAUUGUGAACGCUGAUUUCUCGACCGAAGCCGUUCGCAUUGGAAGUGAAUUUGAGCGCACAAAGAAUCCCAUGCAUGCAAUGCAAUGGAUGCGUGCUGACUUGCGCUUAUGGAAAGAGGUCUCUGUCCUAAGUGAAUUUGCACCUUUUGACGUGAUCUUGGACAAGAGUACCAGCGAUGCAAUCUCAACCUCUGGCGACUUGAAAAUCAACUCUGACGAAGAGCUCUUGGCCAAUUGUCCAAUAGUUAUCGACAUUUUGUCCAGGUACCCGGGCGCCACAUUGUCGCCAGUGGAGCUCUUGGCUUUACAACUUGUCCCUUUAACUGAAAAGGGUUCGGCAUGGAUGGCUCUUUCAUACUCGACCAUGCGAUUCGAAGGACUCAACUUCAUGGCCGAAUACUGGACACUACGAUCUCGCAUAGCCUUGAAGGCUCCCGCUGGGCCCGUUUCCUCCUCGACCCAUACACCGGAAGUAUUCCAUUGGUUGUACAUUUUGGAGCGAAAAUAA